AUGCCGCUCCCAUACUUCUUCCGCUCCUCCUCCCCACACUACUCCCCCUCCAUCGACACCUCCGGCGAAACCGACACGAUCGCAGAUACCAUCGCCAGCUCCUCAACUCACCUCACGGUCCCCUCGUCACGCGCCUCCGUCUCCUCGUCCACCAGCAACUUUGACCACUCAUCCUGCCCAUCGCCAUACCGCAUCGACACACUCAUCUCCCAGCCCAUCCUCGAGAGGCAUUACGAAAACAUAACCACCCUCUCCAUCAACAUCGAGUCGCCCCCGCUCGUCUUCUAUGGCGGCGCAUCGACAAGUACAGGUGCCCUGCUGUCCGGUCAGCUGAAGCUCGAUGUCGGAGACGAUGAGAUGGAGAUCCAAGGCUUCGCCAUGCGUCUCGCAGUCGACGUCAACAUGAAGAAACCCUACAACGCCACCUGCCCCGAUUGCGCAACCAAGUCCUCCGACCUCACAUCAUGGAACUUCCUCCCCGACACCACCAUCCUCGGAAAGGGCGAACACCUAUUCCCCUUCUCCUUCCUCCUCCCAGGCCAAUACCAAGUCUGCACCCACAGUUCCCUCUCCUCCGUAACCUACACCCUCCGCGCCCUCCUCACACCCACCAACACCGCGCCCCUCCACCUCUCCCACCCCCUCUCCGUCCGCCGCGCUAUCCGUCCCCCACUCUACCCGCGCCACUACAUCCGCGACUUCCCUCCAACCAGCAUCUCCGCACACCUCGCUCUCCCGCCGCUGAUCCACCCCACAGGCUCCUUCAACGGCGCCUUAAAACUCAGCGGUAUGAACAACAUCGUCCUCAAGCGCGUUAACUGGCGCCUCGACGAAACCCAAACCGUCUUCGCGCCCUCGUGCCGCCGACACACACCGCGCGCCGGCUACCUAAAAGGCGUCGUCCGCUCCUCCUUCUGCACCCUCGGCUCCGCAGAACUAACAAGCGGCUGGGCCACCCCGACCUCCUCCACCACAACCCUCGACUUCACCUUCGGCAUCGCACCCAAUAACACGGCGCUAUGCGACGUCAAGACCGAAGACGGGACCGAGACCGCGCACGCCCUCGUCGUGGAGCUGCUGGUCGAGAGUAAAGCAGGCACGCGCCUGCUGAGGAUGCGCUUCUACCCUGUUGUGACGGAGCGGGAGGAAGGGGGGGUGGCGUGGGACGAGGAGGCGCCGCCGGUGUAUGGGGAGGCCGGGAAGCCGCCGCCGGGGUAUAUGUAUGUUGCUGGCCGCGGGGAGGUGCCGAGGUAUGAGGAGGUUGUUGGGGGGAGGGGGAGGGGAGCGGGGGCGGGUAUUAUGGAGGGUGUUGCGCUGCAUGGUUAG